GGAGAAGGUCCUCGCGCGUCUUCUCAAUUGUUUUCCUCAGCCGCCGCGUCUCGUGACCCCUUCUCGGAUACGGGAUACGCGAUAUUCGGAUCAUUUAAACUGUACUGAAAGGGGAUGCGUUAAAAAAAAAUCUCGAAAUUUCAGAGUCGAUCGCGUGUGAUAUUUAGUGCCCAAAGACGUUGUAAUGAUAUCAAAAACUUAAACAAGCGGCUGAUAUGGCUCAACGUGGUUACUUAUGUGUGGUGUAUUUGGUCCUUGUAUUGGAUUAUUUUACGUGUGACCCAGUGCUUGAGACCCAUAGGACUUCCCUGACCUCUCGCACCGUUAAAACAAAAUACGGCGACGUAAGUGGGGUUAUAGUAACCCCAGAAUCUAAACACUUGGAACCGGUAGAAGUGUUUAGGGGGAUUCCCUAUGCCAGCCCCCCUUUGGGAUCAUUAAGGUUUAUGCCCCCUGUAACAGGAGCUUUGUGGCAAGGAGUGAAAAUUGCAGAUAGUUUUAGUCCGGUGUGUCCCCAAAGACUUCCGGAUAUUUCUAAUGAAACCGCUGCCCUUCGAAAAAUGCCGAGGGGCAGAUUGGAGUAUUUGAAAAGAUUAUUACCUUAUCUGCAGAAUCAAAGCGAGGAUUGUCUUUAUUUGAACAUCUAUGCUCCAGCACAAGGUUAG